UUAUAUUCCACUCUCUGACAGGUGACUCUGGAUGCUCACCUUAAAUUUCUUGGCAAAAAAGCUAAAACAGUUGACUGCCAGACCGAGGAUGAGGAGAUUACAUAUGGAGCUGACGAUAUCGCUGUCAUUGUUAUACUCUCUAUAUUUGGGUUCCUGCUGCUCGCUGCCGCUAUUGUGGACAUCAGCAUCAACCACUGGGAUCAACAACAAUAUCGCAAUGGUCCUCUAAAGUUUCUUCUGGUCUUCUCCGCUUAUACCAACAUGAAGAAAAUAUUCACCAUCAAUAAUACAAGGAAUCCUGAAGUGAUUUCCUGCCUGCAUGGGAUAAGGGUGUUGUCCAUGGUCUGGGUGGUGUGGGGGCAUACGUACUUCUUCAUGACAUUCUAUUCGUCUAAUUUAUCGAUCGAAGGUCUUGCCCCUGUGACGAAUACCGUAUUAGAUGAGACAGUAGACAAUGCCACCUUCAGCGUUGAUACUUUCUUCUUCAUGAGUGGUCUCCUGGUGGCCUUCGGUGUCCUGAAGGAGUUUAGCAGAGUGGGAAGGAUCAACUGGAUUAUGUUCUACAUUCACAGGUUCAUCAGGUUAGCCCCACCCAUUGCCUUGACUGCUAUUGUGGCGGCUACCAUACCGAGACUUAUUCUGUUUGGCCCCAUGUCGAAGGAGAUUGAGAGAACCGCUAUACAGUCCUGUAAAAACUACUGGUGGGGCGACAUGCUGUUCGUCACCAAUUUCCUGGACCUCCCGUGUCUGGGCCAGUGUUGGUACACAGCUGUUGACACUCAGAUCUAUAUCUUCCUGCCUCUCGUCUUCCUCCCACUCCUCUACAGACGGAAAAUUGGUAUUGCUGUGCUAGCUGUGGUGACGGCCAUCGCCAUAGCUAUCCCAACUAUCAUCUCCGCUGUAUAUCAUGUACCACCAGCUGUCAUGUUUGCACAACCUGUUGAGGAGAGGGGUGAUGUUGACACCUAUAUGACGCCGUGGUGCCGCGCCAACUCUUACUUGGUGGGCGUCUGGGCUGGAUUGCUCCUCUUCACUGUCCAGGGCAAGAUCCUCAGAAUGAAGCUGUGGCAGGCAAUACUGGGGUGGCUGUUGUCGGCAGCUGUUGCUCUGGCGGUGUUGUAUGGUAUGGCCGACUACGACACUCUGGAAGACCCUGUCCUUCUCCCUGUUGCUCCCAGCAUCAUCUACGCAGGGUUCAGUCGAGCUUCAUGGUGUGCGGCAUUGGUCUGGGUUGUCUUUGCCUGUCACACUGGAUAUGGAGGUCCCAUCAACACCUUCCUCUCCCAUCCUUCUUGGCAGCCGAUGAGCCGUUUGACCUUCGCCAUGUACCUCACUUGUUUUCCUAUCCAGAUAAUCUACCCCGGACUUAUUUAUAUCCCAUUUUACAUAAACCACCUCAAUUCUGUCCUGCUUACAUGCGGGUUCCUGUUUAUUGGAGGGAUUGCGGCAGUCCUCCUUUCCCUAAUGGUUGAAGGACCUAUCCUAGGCCUGGAGAAAAUCCUGCUUAAGCGCCCAGGUAGAGGCAUCAAGGAACCAGAAACAACAACAACACAAAGAACCUGAACCAUAGUGCCAUGAGUGCCUCUGUUUCACCUGUUCCACACAUAGUAUAAAUGACACUCAGGGGUCCAGCCAAGUAGAAAAGCUUCCCACCUGCAAUUCCAAGUUUCAGUGAGAUCAACAGCCAAGUUUUUUCAGCCGUAUGAAGUAUAGAUAUAUUGUAUUGUAUAGAUUCACUUUACUGGGUAGAUGAAUAAAAGGAAAUUUUAUAUAUAUGAAUAUAUAUAUAUAUAUAUAAAUAAAUUAAUAUAUAUAUAUAUAUAUAAAGAGUUUACUUAUUCAUAUAUGAAGUUAAUUCAUUUUAUUAUUCCCCCAAUUAUAUGAUUUGCAAGAUGA